AUGUACCAUCUCUCCUGCAUUGGCCUUCUUUCAAUCGCUGCCAUCGUACUCGCAGUGCCCAUGAGUCAACCCCCAUCGGAAUUCACCAUCAUGGAACAGAGGGUGAUUACAGGAUUGCUGGAGAAGCAUAAACUGCGUGAUAUUAUCCGCAUUAUGUUGGUAAUAGAGGAGAAACGCCUUGUCAAACAGCCUACAACUCCCGUCCCCGUUUCAGCAGGGACCGAGAUCGCGGAAAAUGUACCAAGACCGGUGGUCCCAACGCGUAAGGACUACGAUCUGACAAAUAUGGCAGGAGUAGAGAAGGGCAUCACAACUCCACCUCAUAUCCCCCGCCACAGAUUCUACGACGAAAAUAUUUGGCGACAAGCAUUAUCGGAAAUCUAA